AUGAGCGCGACCAAUAGAAAGGCUGCCCGUGGCUUAUUGUUUCCAGAUGAUGUAAAAGCCUCAGGUGGUGGCUGUGAAGGCGAAGGGGCUGAUCUCCUAAAUGCUCCUGUCCCUGUGUGCCAUGGAGUCGUUGGAAACACGCCGGUUGGAAACACGCCGGUUGGAAACACCCCUGUUGAAUUUAGAUACCAGCCAGUUGAUGGCGCGAAGCCACGCGACAUCACUGGUGGUUGUGUUUCUUUAGCCGCGCCUGAAAUGCCAAUGAGAGGAAGAUACGUUCUGGCGGCAGAAAAACCACUGAGGCUCGAGAGUAUUGACAGUCACGGACAGCAUGAGAUCUUCACGGUCAGUUGGGUUGAACUGCUUGAAACCUGA